GGCAGAGACGUCUACUGGGAAGCCACUUUCUUCAACAUUAUUGUACUUUCUCUCCCUGGCUUCGCUUUCUCGUCUCCUCCCCCAGUAACAUGGACGAACCAAGACACUGCCCGUGUCUUCAACACAUUGAUGAUAGAUGUCCUGGGAUAUGACACCUACGCCAUACAUGGAACAGACUGGGGCAGUACUAUAGCUUACACACUAUACGACCAAUACAACAAGACUAUUGGUGCGGCACACUUCGCAUUCCUGCCAUACUAUUCAGGAUACCCGGACAAACUAGCGACCGAAAAUAUUACUCUCUCGGAAUUCGAGACGUUUGAAGCACAAAAUGCGAGGAAUUGAGCGGGUACGGGUGAUGGAUAUUACGUUGAACAAACCACAAAGGUGUGGAUCGAAUGAGUCUGUUUUGAGGUCAAGGGAGACUGACA